GCUUUGGCUUAGCCAACAUGGCGGCGCAGGGAGAGCACAACAAUUAUUUCGUGAGAGAAAUUGAGAAAAACGACGGUUCUGUCUUAACAGUGAGUCAAUGUUACAUGGGGGACGUGGGUUGCGUGGUGUGGGAUGCAGCCAUCGUUCUUGCCAAAUAUUUAGAAACCCAACAAUUUUACGAUCCGACCUCGGGAGUGAAUUUAUGGGCUGGCCGAAGAGUGGUGGAGUUAGGAGCUGGGACUGGGGUCGUUGGUAUGAUGGCAGCGACCAUAGGUGCUGAUGUUAGUGUGACAGACUUGGAAGAUCUACAGACCCUCCUGAAAGUGAACAUUCAAGACAAUCAGACUCUCAUCAGUACCGGAUCCAUAACUGCCAAGGUACUGAAAUGGGGUGAAGAUGUAUCUGGUUUCCUUCCACCUCCACACUAUGUACUUAUGGCGGAUUGCAUUUAUUACGAGCAGUCAAUUACCCCGCUGGUGGAGACCUUGAAGCUGCUCAGUGGACCAGAGACCUGCAUCAUUUGUUGCUAUGAGCAACGCACUGAGGGCAUCAACCCAAAAGUGGAGAAGCAGUUUUUUAAGUUGCUGCAAGAGAGCUUCAACUGUGAAGAAAUCCCUCUGAGCAAACACGAUAGCGAGUUUAGGAGUCCAGACAUUCACAUCCUGCAUGUUAGGAAAAAAGUUUAAUCUUGUUAGAUAUUAUUUGUGUUAAUAAAUGAUUUCUUUGGUGGAAUACAUUCCUGGACACAGAGACAAAGAAUUGUUUACACUUGGGCUGGGUAACCAUGGAAAAAUAAUAAUCAUGAUUAUUUUGAUAGAUAUUGAAAUAAUGAUUAAUAAACAAAAUUUUAACUUUAAGAUGGUGGAACACUCAAAAAACACAAAAGUUGCCUAUAUUUGGGUACUGUGUUUAUGCAUUUACAGUAUAUGUCUGACACGAAUCCAUGUGUAAAUGUCAUGAGUUUGCAGUGGAGCAAAAGCAUUGCCUUGUUGUAACACCAGGGGGCAAUAGUUGCCAUAGAGAAAAUGUGGUUCAGUUGGAAUCUGAAAUAAAGCUGCAGUUUCAUUCUGAA